AUGCGUUUGGGUGACGCUGCAGAGCUUUGCUAUAACCUAACGAGCUCUUACCUGCAGAUUGCUGCUGAGAGUGAUUCCAUUAUCGCACAGACACAGAGAGCAAUAAAUACAACUAAAUCUAUACUGAUCAAUGAAACUUUUCCGAAGUGGUCACCAUUGAAUGGUGAAAUAUCGUUUUCCUAUAAUGGAGGCAAAGACUGCCAGGUGCUGUUAUUACUAUAUUUAAGCUGUCUCUGGGAAUACUACAUUGUGAAGUUAAGUCAAUCCCAGUUUGAUGGAAAGUUUCAUAGAUUUCCUUUGACCAAACUACCCACUGUUUUUAUCGACCAUGAUGAUACGUUCAAGACUUUAGAGAAUUUUAUCGAGGAAACGUCACUGCGAUAUUCACUGUCCUUAUAUGAAUCUGACCGAGAUAAGUGUGAGACAAUGGCUGAAGCUUUUGAAACAUUUCUACAGGUAUUUCCCGAGACAAAAGCCAUUGUCAUCGGUAUAAGACACACUGAUCCAUUUGGCGAGCAUUUAAAGCCUAUUCAAAAGACAGAUGCUAAUUGGCCAGAUUUCUAUCGUCUACAACCUUUGUUGCAUUGGAAUCUAGCCAACAUCUGGAGUUUUCUACUAUAUUCCAACGAGCCUAUUUGUGAGUUGUACAGAUACGGGUUUACCUCUCUCGGGAAUGUGGAAGAGACACUUCCUAAUCCACACUUGAGGAAGGAUAAGAAUUCAACUCCGUUAAAACUGAACUUUGAGUGGGAGAUUGAAAAUAGAUAUAAACAUAACGAAGUCACUAAAGCUGAACCUAUACCCAUUGCCGAUGAGGACUUGGUCAAAAUAGAGAACCUCCAUGAAGAUUACUACCCAGGUUGGUACCUAGUCGAUGACAAACUUGAAAGAGCAGGAAGAAUUAAAAAGAAAUGA